AGUCCGAAAUGGCGGGCGUUUCUGUGAAUGUUGUCAAUUUUUCGAUUUUAUUAUAAAUAAGUUUUUAAAAUAAAACAUUUGUAGCAAUUGUAAACAUGCAUAUAAAACAGGUGAUUAUUCAGGGAUUCAAGAGUUAUCGUGAGCAAAUUGUUGUAGAACCAUUUGAUAAACGGCAUAAUGUAGUUGUAGGGCGUAAUGGUUCGGGAAAAAGUAAUUUCUUUCAUGCCAUUCAGUUUGUGCUUAGUGAUGAGUUUUCACAUCUACGACCUGAACAAAGGUUAGCUCUGCUUCAUGAAGGCACAGGACCCAGAGUGAUAUCAGCUUUUGUUGAAAUUAUCUUUGAUAACUCUGACAACAGAAUACCAGUAAGCUUUAUUAUUUUAAUGUAUUUUAAUCCAUGCAAUCUCUAAAACGGAACUUAAAUUUCUAAUUUUUAUGAUUGAUAAUAUCAUUUAUUAUUUAUUUUCAUGACAUUAAAUUGUCAAUAUUUAUUACCACAAUAAAAAAACUAAAUACUUAAAUUAUCUCAAUAAAUGUUCUCUGUUUUCUUGCUAAAUGGCUAUAGUUAGCCUUUGAACAAGAAAAGAACGAACCCUCUUAUCACCAACAGAUUCAGAGACUCAUAUUGAUAGAGUGAUCUUAUUAUUGUUAGGUUAAUCCUAAAUGGAAGGAUUUUAGAAUAACCACCCCUUAACCUUUCUAGUACCGCGGGCAUAAAUUCAUGCACCUAUUAAGUGACCGUUGUAUACAGAGGGCAUAUAUUCAUGCAGCCAUACCACACUGCUAUUUUUGUCUUGGUACGACUUUACAUUGACUCCCAUCGAGUUGGGGGUUGAUACGUAUUUUUACAGAAAAGUUACACUAUUAUAAGCACACACAAAGUUACAAUAUGUGGAAACGUGUAAUUUUUGAGAAAAAAGUUAUUGAAAAUCAAUUAUUCUUGCAUUGUUUAUGUCUAAUCCUACAAUAAAACUGAUGCCAUUUUGAGUGAUCUAAGUUCCAACAACAGUAAAUUUUUGUUUCAAUUGAUAAAAAGUAAAAACAGAAAACCUCUAAACAAACAAUUUGUUAUGGUCAAGAUUUCAAAUAAGAUCUCUUCUGAGAUAUUUAGCCUUUUUAAAAAUAGUUUAUUGCAUGUAUGUAUAUUCAUAAAGACAUGUUAUUCCUAAAUGUUAUAUCUAUAUGAUUGUAGAAGAAAAAUUAAGGUAGUAAAGUUGCAGCCUAUUUACGUCCCACUGCUGGGCACAGGCCUCCUCUCAUUUCUGAGAGGGUUUUAGGGCAAGGAGGUGUUUAGCAAAUGUUUGUGAGUAAAAAUAUAGAAAUGUAAUGAUGAUUAUAUGCAUAAUUUUGGUUUAUUUUAGGAAGACCAUGUUAUACAGAUUGUGAGGACAUAAAAAUAAAAUAAAAGCAUGCUUUUUCAUUCAUAAAAUCAAAUUUAUUUUAAGUAAAUACACUUUUUCAAAAUCCCUUAAAACAAAGCUGUACAAAACGAAAUAAACAUAUUGUUAUUGUUUCCACUUAUUCAUGAUCUUAUGGGCUUUCAAGAACUGUAACUCACACCUCUUAUAACAUGAACAUUUGUGAAAAAACAUAAAUGUUGAAAUAAGUGCUGCGAGUGGAGAUGACGUCACGCCCCCCCCCCCCGUACAAAGCCGUUUUUUGUUAUAGCAGGUGUAGUAACAGAAAGGUUAAUAUUGAGAUGGGAGGGGUGGGAAAGGGGAGGGGAGGGAAACCUUUGUGAGUGAAUACCAGUGUGCUUUAAAAUGGGGAGGAGUUGCACCUUGUUGAAUCAACUAUUUUGGGAUCGGUCCAUGUUGCAUUAGACCUCUCCAUGCGACUGGCAAUAAGGAUAACACACCAGUAAUAUGUGACCCUAUUUACAAGUACAGUACAAGUCUCCAAAAGACAGGUAUUGUCAUUCCCUGCUGAAAUCGAACGCCCUGUAAUCCAAAGUCAGACCUUAUGGUUUAGAUGACCAAAAGCGUGCGUUCCGUUCUAGAUAAAGUAAAGUAAAAUAUACUUUAUUGUACACCAAGGAACAUAUUACAGUAUUUAUAUAUUUAAAGGGACAUUGGUACAACAGGCGGCCUUAUCGCUAAAACAGCGAUCUCUUCCAGGCAACCUUAGGGCAGAGGAUACUAUUUUUAAAAGAUAGCGGAAGGGGUGUACAGAAUAUAAUAUAGAAAGAUAAAGAAAGAAGAAAGAAAAAGUGAAUGAUGACAGGUAGUAACUUAAGGGGAAAGGUAAUAAAGUUUUAAUUUAUUUUUAAAUAUAGGAAGAGAUUUAGAUUCUUUAAUAUGUAAGGGGAGAGAAUUCCAUAGUCGUAUAGCGGUAACCGUAAAAGAAUUAGAAUAGAAGGAAGAGGAAUGUCUAGGAGUACUUAGAAGGAGAUUAUUUUGAGAUCGUAGAGGUAGAGAGUGUAAACUACUUAAAUAUAUAAAUCGGUCUUUCAAAUAAGAAGGAGUGGUCGGAUUGAACAGAAUGCAGUAAAGAAGAUGAAGAAUGUGAGUAUUCCUGCGAAGGUGAAUCGGUAACCACUUGAGCUUAUGGCGGAAUUCGGAUAUGUGGUCAUACUUUCGUAACCCAAAUAUAAAACUUAUGCAAUAAUUUUGAAACCGCUCAAGUAGUCAAGCGUAGUCAAGGAUCGGUAAAAGAAGAGAUUGAGCCAGUGCAACUACUAGAUACUGAACUUAAACAUUUCGGGAAGAAAUUUGUGACAUGAAGCAUACAAUGGAUGAUAUGAAUAGAAAAUUUGAAGAUAUUCAACAUAAAAAUGCUAAGUCUCUGGAAGAUACUAAGAGCCUGAUUGAAACCAAUGCCAAAUUGCAGAUUACUAUAAAAGAUCUUGAGACACGCAUAAACAACCUUGAGCUGAACGCUUGCAGCAACAACGUCGAAAUUCAAUGCUUGCCAGAGAAGAAGUCAGAAAAUUUUUCACGGUGUUCAACAACAUUUGCAGUAUAGUAAAGUGUGACAUCAAAAUUGAAAAGAUAAAUCGAAUAACAAGAAUUGCCAAACUCAAUCUGAAUAGUGAUCGUCCUCGCUCGGUAAUAGUUGAAUUUAAUAACACUAGAUAACGAAAUAGUUUCUUAGCAGCCACAAUCAAAUUUAAUAAAGCUAACCCGGAUAAUAAGUUGAACUCUAGUCAACUAGGUUUUAUUGGUCUUAAGACUCCGGUAUAUGUGACAGAGCACUUGUCAGCAGCAAAUAAAUUCGGCGACGAGGAAGACUGCAAAAGAAAAAGGGUUUAAGUUUGUUUGGAUGAGCGGUGGACUUAUCUUUCUAAGAAAAAGUGAAAAUUCAGGUUUUAUUCUCGUUAAAAAUUUUGAUUCAUUAUCAAAACUAGAUUAAUUUGCUACUUAUUGUUAAUUAACAAUGAUUUAUAUAAUAUUGUAUUUUAAUGGCAACACUGCGUCGGUUGUCAUCACUGUGUCUGUUAUGAAGGAAGGUUCAAUAUGAUGUUAUAGGCUCUCCAUGUUGUUGUUUUGAGGUUAAUAAAAAGCACGUUUUAUGUUCAAAGUAUUAUAUAUUUAAUUAUCCUCAUAAUCCUUAACAGCGUUAUAGGCCCAGUACGGCCAUCAGUUUUAUAGUGGAUUAAUAAGUGUUAAAGAACAGAAAAUGUCAAAAGAAAAAUAUCAAAUUGUCCCUUUCGCGGGGGACAAUUACAACGCAUGGGAGUUUUGAUUAAAAAGUAUCCUGCGGGAUAAUGGAGCAAUAGAGGCGAUCGAAAAGGAGGAUUUCAGUAAAUCUACGGAUAACAAGCAAUUGCAAUUGGAAGCUAAGGCCCAGGCUAUCAUAAUAGCGGCAACCGCCGACAGUCACCUCGAAAACUUAAAAGACAGAUCUGCUUAUCAAAUUAUUAAAAGCAUGGAAGACAGCUUUAAGAAGAAAGGUACACGAUCUAAAUUAUUUAUAAGAAGAGAGUUGUCCGAUAUGAAAUUCGACGAACGGAAACCUUUAAUGGAACAUUUUAUUGACAUGGUAAAGCUAUUUGCACAAGAGAUGCGAAGAGAUGUUGCAUCUCUUUGCAUUUUCUUUCGCAUCUACCAUGGGGAGUGCUCUGAGGAAUUGUUCGGAUUAAUCCCAGCCGCCAAAUUUCAUGAACGCACAUCGCGGCAGAACUCCCGAUACCAUCCACACCAUCUGGAUGAUUGGCGGUCCACCACUGUGCGAUUUAGAAGAUGUUUUCUUCCUCGCACGACUUCCUUGUGGAAUCGAUUACCAUCAGCGAUUUUUCCGGACCGAUACGACUUAGGGACCUUCAAGAAAAGAGCCUACUCCUUUUUAAAAGGCCGGCAACGCAUCUGCAAUUCCCCUGGUGUUGCGGUUGUUCAUGGGCGGCGGUAGUCACUUACCAUCAGGUGAGCCGCAUGCUCGUUUGCCCCCUCUCCUAU